AUGAUCAAUGAUCAAGAUACUAAACCGACACAACAACCAAUAUACGUCGGUUCUUUUGAAAAUUCAAGAUUUCAAAGCAACAAUAGUGAACAAGGUAACAAUGAUAAUACCUAUGUUGGUGGAUAUAGUCGUGGUGGAGGACCUCCUCCUCUCAAGCAGCAACCACCACUACCUCCACAAAGUUCGUCCACACAAGUCUAUCGACCUCCCCAUAUGCAACAUCGAAUGAAUAUGCCGAAUGGUAAUUAUGGCAAUAAUGGCAGUAUGACUGGUGGUUAUGGAGGAUCGAUGAAUACUGGUCCACCACCUCCACAACAAAACUAUAGUAGUAAUUUCGGUGCUGGUAAUACUCUUCAUCAUCAUCAUCAUCCUUCUCUUCCUCCACAACAGUCAUACUAUGGUCAGCCACAAAUGGCGCCUCUACCAACACAAAUCUAUCAUCAACCUAUGUCAAAUUCUUAUCAACAGAUCGGACAAAUACCACGUCCGAUGAAUCCUCCACAGCCACUUGAUACUCGAGGUUAUGGUCAGCCUCUUCAACAUCAAAUACAAUUGCCGAAUCGAUCAUUUAAUGACAUGUCACAAAUUCAACAGACUUAUAACCAUCAAGAUCCGAGUGGUGUUCUUAAUCAGGCAUCUUCUCAACACACAACAGGCGGCCGUUGGGAUGCUAUUCGAGCUGACAGAGAAACGUCAUAUCAUAAUAGUAGUGGUAACACUGCUUAUCAACGUGGUGCAAGUGGUUUUUCUGGUAAUAAUAAGAAUAGAAGUGGUCGUGAUAACAAUAAUAAUAGCUAUGGAGGACAACGUGAUAAUAACUAUGGUCGGCGUGAUCGUACUGCUCAUAAACCAUAUCAUUCACAUGUUGGUGGACAAUCAGGUGAUAUAACUGGUACUGAUUGGAAUACUCCUUUACCACCAAAUCCUAAUCUUGAAAGAGAACUAUUUGGUGAUCAUCCUACUGGUAUCAAUUUUGAGCUUUACGAUGAUAUUCCUGUUGAAGCAUCACAUAUGGAUCAUCAACCGAUUGAUACAUUUGAUGAUUGUAAGUUCGGUGACAUUAUCAAAAAUAAUGUUAAUUUAUCUAAUUAUGGCAAGCCAACACCUGUACAACGUUAUGCUAUACCAACUAUUUUACUUCGACGUGAUCUAAUGGCUUGUGCACAAACUGGUUCUGGCAAAACGGCUGCAUUUCUUCUUCCCAUAUUACACAUGAUCUUUCAAGAAGGACCUGUGCGUAAUCCUCAAACUACUAUGAAUAAUAAUCGUAAGCAAUAUCCAUUGUGUCUUGUUUUGGCACCGACACGUGAAUUAGCGUCACAAAUUUAUGAUGAAGCACGAAAAUUUUCUUAUCGAUCAAUGGUUCGUUCUUGUGUUGUCUAUGGUGGAGCUGAUAUUGGCUUUCAGGCACGAGAUUUAGAGAAAGGUACUCAUGUAUUAGUAGCUACACCCGGUCGUCUGAAUGAUUUAAUACAACGAGGUCGUAUUGGAUUAGCGAAUGUCCGGUAUUUAGUCCUCGAUGAAGCUGACCGCAUGUUGGAUAUGGGCUUUGAGCCUCAAAUUCGUGAGAUUGUCGAACGGUCAGAUAUGCCUGCCACAGGCCAACGAAUAACACUGAUGUUUUCAGCUACUUUUCCGAAACAAAUUCAGGAACUAGCAAGAGAUUUUCUUCAUGACUACGUAUUUUUGGCUAUUGGUCGUGUGGGUUCAACAUCACAGAAUAUAACACAAAAAAUUGUAUGGGUUGAAGAAGCUGAAAAGCGUUCAUUUCUACUUGAUUUAUUGAACAUUCAAUCUGAAUCAUUAACAUUGGUGUUUGUCGAGACAAAACGAGGAGCUGAUGUACUGGAAGACUUUCUUUUUAACCAUCAAUAUUCAGUGAACAGUAUUCAUGGUGAUCGAUCACAAGCUCAACGUGAAGAAGCACUGAAAUCCUUUAAAACUGGUCGUACACCUAUUCUCGUAGCAACAAGUGUAGCUGCUCGAGGUCUUGAUAUUCCACAUGUAAAGCAUGUCAUUAAUUUCGAUUUACCAUCGGACAUCGAUGAAUACGUUCAUCGUAUUGGGCGAACUGGUCGUGCUGGUAUGACAGGUCAAGCAACAUCAUUUUUUAACGAAAAAAAUCGUAAUAUUGCUACAGAUUUGCUUGAUAUUCUAACUGAAUCACAUCAAGAAGUACCCGAAUGGCUGGAAGGUAUUGCAAGAGAAACGAAAAAAGAUAAUUAUUCUAGAAGAAAUUACGGUACUAGUCGCCGAGCUGGUGCUUUUGGUGCCCGUGAUUAUCGUAAUCAUGGACAAUUACGUAAUAGUCGAGGUGCUAGUGCUAGUAAUCGAUCGGGUAGCGCAACAAGUGGAUAUAAUAAUCAUCAUCAACAACAACAGCAAUGGAAUAGUUCGAAUAAUGCUGCCGGUGGAAACAUGUGGAGUGGUGAUCAUCAAUCAGGUGGUGCUGCUGGUUACGAUCGUUUUCAUCAACAAACUACAGGUAGUAAUGUUAAUCGUCAAGCAGACCAAAGUUGGUGGGACAGUACAUCAUGA